AUAUGGCCCUACCCUGGAAUCUCACCUGCUCCAAACCUCAGAAAAGCUUAAGCACCAUAUUCGUCUCCAUUGACUCUCUAAUCAACACAUGACACAAUAGUAUAUAGCAACCAACCAAAGCAAUCCUUAUUCCAGUAUACUCCUGAUCUAGCAUUAAGAGAGAACAUGGAGAAGAUUGAACACUCAUAGCUGAUCAUCAAUGGCAUCAGUCUUCACAUUGCUCAUGUUGGAAAAGGUCAGCAAUACUGAAAUAUUAUAUUUUUCAUUUGAUUCUAUCAAGUUUCUAUGGGUUUGUGUAGGUGAAUCUGGGGAUGUCAUUCUCCUCCAUGGCUUCCCAGAGAUCUGGUACUCAUGGAGGUAUCAAAUGCUUGCUCUGGCUGAAGCUGGCUUCCGAGCCAUCGCUCCAGACUGCCGGGGCUAUGGCCUAUCAGGUCAACCCCAGGAGCUGGACAAAGCCUCAUGGCAGGACCUCACCAGUGACCUCCUUGGCAUCCUUGACACAUUAAACAUCCCUAAGGCUUUCAUUGUUGGCAAGGACUUUGGAACCAAAACAGCAAAUGAUUUUUCUAUACUUCACCCAGGCCGUGUGCUAGGUGUCAUAACUUUGGGUGUGCCCUUUGUUCCUGAUUCCCCAUCUUCCCUGGAUGACCUUCCCAAAGGUUUCUAUAUACCCAGGUGGCGGGAACCAGGAAGAGCAGAGAAGGAUUUUGGUAGAUUUGAAGUGAAGAGAGUGCUGAGAAACAUAUACAUACUGUUCUGUAGGAGGGAACUCCAGGUUGCAGAGGAGGAUCAGGAGAUCAUGGACCUUGUGGAGCCAUCCACUCCCUUGCCACACUGGUUCACUGAAGAUGAUCUCGCAUGCUAUACGGCCCUCUAUGAGAAUUCUGGGUUUAGCUAUCCACUGCAGAUGCCUUAGAGGUCAAUCCACAAAGGACAUGGCUUCACAAACCCUAAGAUUGAAGUCCCUGCACUGCUGAUAAUUGGGGAAAAGGAUUACAUUCUCAAGUUCCCUGGUAUGGAGGAAUACAUCAGGAAUGGAACG